GCCCGGCCCCCCGCUCCCCCCGCGCCUGCGCGGCCACAGGGGGGGCGAGCGGGGGCCCCGGCUCUAUGAAAGGGGCCGCGGCCGCCCCCGCCCCAGAGCCGCUUCCCCGCCGCGCCGCUCCGCACCGGCGGCCGCCCCGGAGCCGCUGCCCUCACCAUGAACAGAGGCUUCUCAAAGAAGAGUCACACGUUCCUGCCUAAAAUAUUUAGGAAAAUGUCUACUCAAUCAGCGAAAGAAAGGCCUGAAAGCUUGCAGUUCCCGUUCCUUGACGACGAUGAUACCAUCUCCACGGUCAAAGAAUCUAAAACCUUUUUUAUUUUAAGAGGGCUGCCUGGCAGUGGGAAGACCACUCUUGCCCAGGCUAUCCAAGAUAGGUAUAAAGAUGCCUGCAAGGUCAUCUCUGUCGAUAGCUAUAAAAUUACACCUUUAAUAAGAAGCAGCAUCCCUGAAGAGUACACAAAGGUGGAUGAGGAUCUAGUUGACUAUUGCAAACGAGAUAUCAGUGUUAUCGUUUUGGAUGACACUCACCAUGAGAGGGAACGACUGGACCAACUCUUUGACAUUGCUGACAAGUACCGGUACAAAGUCAUCUUUGCCGAGCCCAAAACCCAGUGGCGAAUGGAUUGCUUGCAGCUGAAGGAAAAGAAUCAAUGGAAACUGUCGGUGGAAGACCUGAAGAAGAUGAAGCCCAGCUUGGAGAAGGAAUUCCUACCCAUGUAUUUUGGGUGGUUUUUGAGCAAAAGAAGUUCGGAGAACCUGAGGAAGGCUGGGCAGGCCUUCUUAGAUGAGCUUGGAAGCCUCAAAGCCUUCAAAAAGGAGAGUAAAUACUUUGCUUCCGCUAUUGAAGAUCCCAAAGUAAAAGUCGAUCUCACCAGCUACUUUGUGAAGAGGCCGCCCGGGGUCUUACACUGCACCACAAAAUACACAGAGUUUGGCAAAGCAGCUGGAGCUGAGGAAUACGCGCAGCAAGAAGUGGUGAAGGCUUCCUACGGCAAAGGCUUCACCUUGGCCGUUUCUGCUCUGUUCAUCACGACAAAAACUGUUGGGGCUCGCGUGGAGCUGAGCGAACAGCAGCUGCUGCUGUGGCCCGGAGAUGCCGACAAGAUCCUGCCCGCCGACAACCUCCCGAAAGGCAGCCGGGCUCACAUCACCCUCGGCUGCGCCAACGGCAUCGAAGCCGUCCAGACUGGGCUUGACCUGCUGGAGUUUGUGAAACUGGAAAAGGCGGGGAACAAAGGGGAUGAAGUGGGGGAAAUUGGAGGAGGGAAACUGCUGUAUUUUGAUAACGGUAUGUGGAUGCUCGUCCUUUCUAAAAAGAUUGAUGUGAAGGCGAUAUUCUCGGGUUACUAUGGAAAAGGAAAACUUGUGCCAACGCAGAGCACCAACAAACGGGGCUCUGCUUUUAGUUCCUGCGCCAUCAUCUAGGAGCAUGGGCAGGGGAGCUUGUUUGUUCGUUUUUAAAAGGCAAGUAACUCCUGUAACCUUUAAAAGUGUAAAGAGAAUAAUUCUACCUUUACUAAAGUAAGCCCUUUUGCCAGCCCCUGUGUGAAGCCUCUCUGGGGAGAGUUUACUGGCCUCAGAACAAGGAAGAAAACAAGCAGCCUGCGACCGAUGGAGAAGCAAUAACUGACGCGCUGCCGAGUAUUUCAAUGGAAUUUUGGAGAGAACUAGCUGUCGUGGUCUGCUUGUUUUCUUCCUCGGCGGAAGAUCAACCACGAUCUUUUAUAACUUUCCCACGAACCACAAUCGUUAGACCUUUCAUGUCCGUACUACGAGCAGUGGCAGACCAAAGCCUGUGCGUAACUGCCCUGAAGCCAAGCGAAGGGACCUGGGCGCUGCCUCUCAUACCCGAGGGACCGACGGCAGCCGGUGCGGUAGCUGAAUCGCUGGGUGAAAAAUCGAGCCGUGGGUCACGGUGUGGCAGUUACUCAUAGUUUAGCUGGUGAGAGGAGAACUGGCGGAGGGCAGCAGGGUACGGAACAGCCUCAAGGGGGUCCUGCAGCCCCGUGCCCCGUCCCCAUUCACCCAUCCUUCAUCGCACGGAAGGGAUGUGCUGGUGAGCAGAGGGAAAGGCUGUGACCAGAUGAUGUCUCAAAGUCAGCUAUCGUGGACUUAAAGGGGAAACAAGUAAAACAGCAGGAGAGGCGUUCAGAUCCCGCCGCGUGGCUCCAGGCAUUUCACUUCACCUGUCAGAACAGGCUGGACCAAGCACUGCCCUUGUCCUUUAGGGAACAAUCCUGCCUUGGCAGGGAACGGAAAAGACAAACGUCUUUUCCAUCUUUUAUAGAAACUAAAAUCGUGUCUGAAGUAUAGGACUAUACUUCAUGCAAGAUUUUACUACUUUUCUCUAAUGCACUUGAAUGUUAAAAGUUAGAAUGGCAGUAACAUUGUAAUUUAGGAAGUGGAGGUACCGUAACUGCGUAACUUAAGUCUGCUCAAACCUAAACCGUUGGCUGGAAAAAAAAAAGUUAACGAUGAAGCACUUCUGUUAUUAAAUAGCCUGUUUUAUCAAAACUUCUGGUUUUGCUCUUGGCCAGACCGUUGCCAGUUGGUCGGUGGAUACGUGGUCACUACUUGACUGUAACACAAAGCUCAACUAACGGAUGCAGGUCAGGGCAACAGUUUAAACUCCCGCUAUGGCUUGGUGUUUGGUGAACUGCAUAGUGACAUUAACCCCGUAUUAAUAAAUGUAAAUACUUACUGUGUUUGGCAAGCGGGUGCUGGGCUCGUACCUGUCGAGGAGCUGGUGUGUGGGGAGGGCUGGGCGCGCGCUGAAGCCGCUGUGUGGAAGCCCAGCGCUGCCUGCGUGGGACUCAUUUCUCCGCUGAAUGUUUAAAACAAGCACAGGGUGUGCUUUGGGGCUACUCCGGUAAAUGCUCUGCAAGUUUACUAGCAAAGCAAAAUAGUUUCAGAAAGACGGAUGACAAUAAAUUCUUGUUACAACAUGAAAAAAAUAUUCACACCCCUAUAGCACCUGUAAUCCUCCCUCACCUUCAACGGAGAAACCCCUGCUUGCUCCUACGUGGGCAGAGGGGUGAGUGCCCGGCUCGGGCCUUUCCCAACAGAAAUCCCACAUGGAUUCACUCCAUCCAAAGGGUAACGCCUGCCCAGGACAGCGCCUGCGGGAACGCAGGAGCACGCUGACCCCUCUCCCUCCAGUGCCCAGGGAACAGCCCAGUGCUCCGGAUCGCAUCCCACACUGGAACGCGCAGCUGGAAUAUCUUGUUUAUUUGCCUGUUCAAGAACAACAGUGAGACUGUCCUCAUUUAAGUUUUUAUUAGUUUGUACAUCAUAUACAGUUUAUAAUAAAGUAAACCAAUUGCA